AUGUUGUCAUGUAUUCUGCGAACCCCUCUGUCCUUCUUCGAUGUGACCCCUUUGGGACGAAUCAUAAACCGAUUCAAUCGAGACUUUCAACAGAUCGAUGAACUCAUACCUCGAAUGACCUCAAAUCUGGAAACAGAAAUGGUUUGCAUUGAAAGGAUUAAAGAGUAUUCACAACUCGAACCGGAAUAUAGUUGGGAUUCAACGGAUGCUAACAAACCCUCUGAUGUCUGGCCCACAAGUGCUUCCAUAGAGUUCAUCGAUUAUAGCGCUUCCUAUAGACCAGGACUCGAACCGGUUCUCAAGAACUUGAACUUCAGGGUAGAGUCGGGAGAAAAGGUGGGAAUAGUUGGCCGGACGGGCGCCGGCAAGUCGUCGAUCACUUUGGCGUUGUUUAGGAUAAUAGAGCCGACAUUCGGACAGAUAGUGAUCGAUGGCGUGGAUGUGACUCGUAUUGGUUUACAUGACUUGCGGUCGAAGUUAACAAUUAUACCACAAGAACCCAAUCUCUUCGCCGGAACUCUUCGACUCAAUUUGGAUCCGUUUGAGGAAUACUCUGACGAAGAGUUGUGGACAUCAUUAGAAAGGGCUCACCUGAAGGACUUCAUAUCUCAUACAUCCGAUGGCCUCUCGUAUGAGAUCACAGAAAGUGGUGAUAAUCUGAGUGCAGGUCAAAGACAAUUGAUAGUGAUCGAUGGCGUGGAUGUGACUCGUAUUGGUUUACAUGACUUGCGGUCGAAGUUAACGAUUAUACCACAGGAACCCAAUCUCUUCGCCGGAACCCUUCGACUCAAUUUGGAUCCGUUUGAGGAAUACUCUGACGAAGAAUUGUGGACAUCAUUAGAAAGGGCUCACCUGAAGGACUUCAUAUCUCAUACAUCCGAUGGUCUCUCGUAUGAGAUCACAGAAAGUGGUGAUAAUCUGAGUGCAGGUCAAAGACAAUUGGUUUGUCUCUCGCGAGCACUUCUUCGCCACUCAAAGAUCCUGAUCCUCGACGAGGCGACGGCUGCCUGUGAUUUGGAGACGGAUUAUUGUUUUGAUGGACAGGACUUCAUAUCUCAUACAUCCGAUGGCCUCUCGUAUGAGAUCACAGAAAGUGGUGAUAAUCUGAGUGCAGGUCAAAGACAAUUGGUUUGUCUCUCGCGAGCACUUCUUCGCCACUCAAAGAUCCUGAUCCUCGACGAGGCGACGGCUGCCUGUGAUUUGGAAACCGAUUCACUGAUUCAGUCGACUAUUAGGGAUCAAUUCAGUGACUGCACUGUUUUGACAAUCGCUCACCGAUUGAAUACAGUCUUGGAUUACAACAAGAUUUUGGUUUUAGACAACGGAGUCAUCGCUGAAAUGGAUUCACCCAAACAUCUUCUCCAGAAAACUGAUUCUCUGUUCUAUAGUUUAGCCAAAGAAUACGGAAUUGUUGUCCGGGAUAAGAGAGGAUCUGUGGACUGUUGUAUGAAUUGUUUGUAA